AUGUCGUCAGACUACACCUAUGAUGAGCAGGGUCAAUUCUUCCCCUUCUUCAUCCUCACUUUGACCGGCCUGGUCACUCUUCCUCUCACCUAUAACCUCCUACGACCUAGCAAAGAGCUUGAAAAUACCGCCCCCCGCAUCAAAUCCGAUUUCAAACCUAAACAUGCGGACCUCAUCGACGCGCAGAAGCGCAAGCGCCUGCGCAAAGAGCGCCGAAUCAAGCGCAUCAUCACGGUCAUCCUCGGAUAUGCCGUAAUGGCAUGGAUGGUUUAUUUGAUUGUCGUCACCGCCAGGACAGUGGUGAAGGCGUACGACCCUUAUGAUAUUUUGGGUGUCUCGAGGAGCGCAGACGAGAAGGCUAUCUCUAGACAUUACAAGCGCAUGUCUUUGAUCUACCACCCCGAUAAGAUUCGCCCCGACCCCGCCAAGAACGAGACUGUCGAGAUGCUCAACGAGCGCUUCGUGGAGCUGACCAAGGCUUAUAAAGCCCUCACUGACGAGGAGAGCUUUAGCAUCGGCAUUGCCCUUCCCAAGUUCAUUGUUAUGGAUGGCAAUGGGAAAUACGUUUUGAUGGUCUAUGGUGCCCUUUUGGGCGUCCUUCUACCUUAUAUCGUCGGUAAGUGGUGGUAUGGAUCUCAGCGCUACACAAAGGAGCGGGUUCUUGUUGCCAGCGCUGGAAAUAUUUUCCGUGAGUACAAAGACGAUAUUACCGAAGGUGGAAUUAUCAGCGCGUUGUCCUCCGGCGAAGAAUUCAAUGAUAUGCUCAAGGGUGCUCGGGCCGAGACUGGUCUGGCCAAGCUCGAGAAGCGGGUACUGGCAGAUGAUAACUCGUUCCUUACGGCCAAUGACCGCGAGGCGCUGAAGCAGUUGGAUAGCUCCUCUCGUCGGAAGGCUUUGGCUUUGUUAUGGGCUUAUCUUGGCCGAAUUGAUCUUGGUGAUGCCUCUUUGGAUGCUGAAAAAUAUGAAGCGGCUCCUGUCGCCCUUGCUCUCACUGAAGCCUUCACUGCUAUUUCACUCGCAUUUGGUAACCUUGGACCGAUCGUCGGUGGUUUCAAAACGUCUCAGAACCUCAUUCAGGCUGUGUCCCCGGGCUCAUCACCACUGCUGCAACUUCCCAACUUCACCGAUGCUAUUGUUAAGUCCAUACAGGGCGAAGAUUCUAAGGAGCACCUCACCGUUCAGAGGUAUAUGGAACUGCCAGAGGCUCGACGACGCAGCCUUACUGUCGGUGCUGGUCUUCUCUCUGACAAGCAAUACACCGACGCCGUCUCAGUUGCCAAGCAACUCCCCAUGCUUCAACCCGAGCGGAUCUUCUUCAAGGUCAUGGGAGAAAAGGUGAUCACGCCCAGCAGUCUGGUACAGCUGGUAGUCAAAGCCCGCUUCAUCCCGCCAGGCAGCACAUCCGUGCCGCCAGUGAGCCCGCUCGACCUGGAAGAUAUCGACCCCGACGAGGAUGACCUGGAAGCCCUGAUGGGUCGUAAGCCAGCCAAGAACCGCGCCGCGAAGAUGGAAGACGGCAAGAAGGUUGAGGCGAAGAUUGAAACCAUCCAGCCACCUCUGGCUCACGCACCGUACUUAGCACGCGAUCACUCCCCGCGCUGGAACAUCUUCCUCGCAGACGGCAAGCAGGGCAAGAUGGCCGUGCCGCCAUUUACCUUUACGACAUUCGACAAGCCGAUCUUCGACGAGGCCGGCAAGCCCACCUUCAACGUCCAGACUCUCAAGAUGCAGUUCCAGGCUCCCCCGCAGGCCGGCGACUUCACCUUCAUCCUCCACAUGAUUUGUGACAGCUACCUGGGACUUGACAACGCGGCUCAAAUUACCCUACACAUUGACGACCCUGCCAAGGCAGCCGCCGUGGAAGAGGAAGACGACAUCAGCGAGCCUGACGAGGACUCAAUCGCCGGCCAAAUGCAGGCGAUCAAGACAGGUCAAGCACCUAAGAAGAAGUCUAAGGACUCCGACGAUUCCAGCGAGAGUGAUACCGACGGCGAUGCAGGCGAUACCAGCGACACUGACACAGAGACGGAAGAUGAGGAUUGA